AUGCACACGCGAGGGGGCUACUGCGAAGGGGGUUACAGCUGGCGUGUGAGGGUGCAUGAUCGAGGUCUGGAGUUAGGAGUUAUGGUGCGCAAGGAGGUGGAGGCUGGAGGAGCUGGAUGUGUGUUGAGGGCUAUGAGGCAUGAGGAGGCCUGUGGUGGAAGGCUGUGUUAUGGGGCUGUUCGGGUGAGGGGGAGUUUUCGUGUGAGUGUUUGUUCGGCCUGGAGCAGGGAGGUGGCUGGUGAUAUAGAGGUUGUUAUGGAGGUUAUGGGCAAGAGAGGGGUGGUGCGUGGAGCUUGA